GUACAUAGAAGAAAGUCCAUCUCUGAGGCGUAUGACCAUGAUGAGGGAAAAGGGAAGGCGCCAGGCCAUCAGAGGCCCAGCAUUCAUGUUCAACAACAGGGGCACGAGCCUGACGGCCGAGGAGGAGCGUUUCCUCGACGCGGCAGAGUACGGGAACAUACCCGUGGUGCGCAAAAUGCUGGAGGAGUCAAAAACACUGAAUGUCAACUGUGUUGACUACAUGGGCCAAAACGCCUUGCAGCUUGCUGUGGGGAAUGAACAUUUGGAAGUGACAGAACUUCUGUUAAAAAAAGAUAACUUGGCACGGAUUGGAGAUGCCCUGCUGCUUGCAAUCAGCAAGGGUUACAUUAGGAUAGUGGAAGCAAUUCUGAAUCAUCCUGGGUUUUCGGUAAAUAAGCGACUGACUCUGAGCCCUUGUGAGCAGGAGCUCCAGGAUGAUGAUUUUUAUUCCUAUGACGAGGACGGUACUCGCUUUUCUCCAGACAUCACUCCCAUCAUUUUAGCUGCCCACUGCCAAAAAUACGAAGUUGUGCACAUGCUAUUGAUGAAAGGAGCAAGGAUAGAGAGACCUCAUGAUUAUUUCUGCAAAUGUAAUGACUGUACAGAGAAGCAAAAACAUGAUUCUUUCAGUCACUCUAGGUCAAGAAUAAAUGCGUACAAAGGACUGGCUAGUCCGGCUUAUCUGUCCCUCUCCAGUGAAGAUCCAGUACUCACUGCUCUAGAACUCAGCAAUGAACUUGCCAAGUUGGCCAACAUUGAAAAAGAAUUCAAGAAUGACUACCGCAAGCUGUCAAUGCAGUGCAAGGACUUUGUGGUUGGUGUUCUGGAUCUCUGCCGAGACUCAGAAGAAGUGGAGGCCAUCCUGAACGGGGAUUUAAACUCAGAGCCAGUUGAAGCACAGAGGCACAGAGCAUCACUGAGCCGUGUCAAGCUGGCCAUUAAGUAUGAAGUCAAAAAGUUUGUGGCACAUCCAAACUGUCAGCAACAGCUACUGACUAUCUGGUAUGAAAACCUCUCAGGACUACGGGAGCAGACCAUAGCUAUCAAGUGUCUGGUGGUGCUGGUUGUGGCAUUGGGCCUUCCAUUCCUAGCCAUUGGUUAUUGGAUUGCACCAUGUAGCAGGCUUGGAAGAAUUCUUCGAAGCCCAUUUAUGAAAUUUGUGGCACAUGCAGCAUCCUUCAUUAUUUUCCUAGGCCUGCUGGUCUUCAAUGCUUCAGACAGAUUUGAGGGCAUAACAACGCUACCCAAUGUCACUGUUACUGAUUACCCUAAGCAGAUCUUUAGGGUGAAGACCACCCAGUUCACCUGGACAGAAAUGCUCAUCAUGGUGUGGGUACUUGGUAUGAUGUGGUCAGAAUGCAAAGAGCUGUGGCUGGAAGGACCCAGGGAAUACAUUCUGCAGCUGUGGAAUGUUUUGGAUUUUGGGAUGCUGUCCAUCUUCAUUGCUGCCUUCACAGCAAGGCUUCUGGCAUUAAAGAAAGCACAACAGUAUGUGGACAACUACAUCGAGGAGAAUGACCUCUCUGAGGUCACACUGCCUCCAGAAAUAGAGUAUUUUACUUAUGCUAGAGAUAAAUGGCUCCCAUCUGAUCCUCAGAUCAUAUCUGAAGGCCUUUAUGCCAUCGCUGUCGUUCUCAGCUUUUCUCGGAUCGCGUAUAUCCUGCCUGCAAACGAGAGUUUUGGGCCCUUGCAGAUUUCACUUGGAAGGACUGUUAAGGACAUCUUCAAGUUUAUGGUCCUUUUUAUUAUGGUAUUUCUUGCGUUUAUGAUUGGAAUGUUCAUCCUCUAUUCCUACUACCUUGGAGCUAAGCUAAACCCAGCCUUUACCACUGUGGAAGAAAGUUUCAAGACCUUAUUUUGGUCAAUAUUUGGCUUGUCUGAAGUUACCUCUGUUGUCCUCAAAUAUGACCAUAAGUUCAUAGAGAACAUUGGUUAUGUUCUUUAUGGCAUAUACAAUGUAACAAUGGUGGUAGUUUUGCUCAACAUGCUGAUUGCUAUGAUCAACAGUUCCUAUCAAGAAAUUGAGGAUGACAGUGAUGUAGAGUGGAAGUUUGCUCGUUCUAAACUGUGGUUAUCCUAUUUUGAUGAUGGAAAAACAUUACCUCCACCAUUCAGUCUUGUACCAAGCCCCAAAUCUUUUUUCUAUUUCAUCAUGAGGAUCAUUAACUUUUCUAAGUGCAGGAGGAGAAGGCUGCAGAAAGAUAUUGAGAUGGGAAUGGGCAAUUCCAAAUCUAGGUUAAACCUUUUCACUCAGUCCAACUCCAGAGUUUUUGAAUCACACAGUUUUAACAGCAUCCUCAAUCAGCCAACACGCUAUCAGCAAAUCAUGAAAAGACUGAUAAAACGUUAUGUUCUGAAAGCACAAGUGGACAAAGAAAAUGACGAAGUAAAUGAAGGUGAAUUAAAGGAAAUCAAACAGGACAUCUCCAGUCUUCGCUACGAACUUUUGGAGGAUAAAUCCCAAGCAACAGAAGAAUUGGCAAUUUUAAUCCAUAAACUCAGUGAGAAACUAAAUCCUAACAUGUUGAGAUGUGAAUGAUACAACAAAGGAACCGUGGCUUUGACUACAGCACAACUAUUUAUUGGCAAUAAUAUUUCAGUAUCUUAUACUUGAAGAAAAAAUGUAUUGUAGAUUUUUAGCACUAAAUAACUUUAUGUACAGCUUCUCUGGAAUUUAGUUUAGGAAAUUUUAUUAACUCACUACGAAAAGAUUGCUGUCUUCAUUUUAAUUGUCUAAAAGCAAGAACUAUAAUCUUUUUUUUUUUUCAUUUCUGCAGUAAAAAGGUGUAAUGGUAUCGACUGCUGAUGUUUUAACAGGUUUAUGAAUACAUAUGGAGAAUUCUUUGCACUAUUUGCAAGAAAGACUUAACAGAUACAGCGUAGUGUUCUGUUCCUUGCAGCGACCGGGUACAAAUAGGAUUUUCCAUCAUACAAUAAAUCAACUAGA